ACUACGACUACGACUACUACGACUACGACUACUACGACUACUGCCGCCACCGCCACCGCCACGCACGAUAUUACUAAUUAUGGCUUAACCAUCCAAAUCACCAGCAAGUCUGAUUUCUGUCUUAUGUUGCCCCCUUCUCCCGGUAACAAGGCUGCCAAUGGUGGUAAAGUUGAUGUGGACGCUAUUGCUAAUUCUGAGAAGAAUGCCAUUGCUUUCUGUACUCGACCUAGCGCCAAUGCUCCCGGUGCUUCUACUUUACCUGUCACUCUUAUCAAGUCUGCUUACUACUUUAAGAACGAGACUGCUGGUUAUGUUCAAGUCACUGGUCGUUUGAAUCCCGCUGCCUAUGAGCUCAGUACAAAAGAUGAAGGAGGUCAAUAUGAUAAUCAUGGUAGAGGUUCUCCUCCUAACUCUAUCUGUUGGGGCUACAAGUACUAUGUUGCUCUUGUUGAGCCUAACAACCCUGAUUAUUGUGUCAGAUGCUGUGAUCAUUAUGCUGAUUGUAAUGCUGGUAGAAGUGCUUAUGGCUGUAAGCGUGUUGUUGACAAUGGUACUUACCAAUAAUAAAAUUUUUU